AUGGUUCCCACCAACAAGGGUACAUGGUCAGAUGAACUUUUUCAUAUCCCUUUUGAAUAUAAUUUGGUAUAUGGAGAAGAAGAAUGGUCAUUUGGGUAUUGUGAAAAUGGUACUGGAGUUUUUACUUGUCCACCAGGUUGGGUAAACCGCUUUGCCAAUGCUGGUGAUGCUGCCAUGGUAGUUGCAGAAAAUACAGCAUUCCGGCUGCAGCAAGCAAAGACAGAAAUUGUGACUGCCAGCAAAGUGGCAUACAGAUUCAUAGCUGGUCUGGCUUCGAAUUCAAAUUCAUCUGCCACACCAGAAUCCCCGGGCAAUUCAAACAGAAGCUCCCGUACAUUCCAAGGUACUUGGUUUCGAAACUUGUUGUCUGUUGGUGCCAAGCCUUCGGAUAGUGCUUCGGAAGUUCCAAAAGGGGACAAUGACACACUUCCACUACAGCAGCAGAAAUCUAUGGAACAGCACCAACUCAGCUCCAAGCAUAAUAUUUGA